AUGGCCUUCAAGCUUGCCUUUUUCUUGAUAUCUCUCACUCUCAUCAUCCCUCAAUUGGAAUCAAGGAAAUUUCCCGAGCUCGAAGAGUCCACCGGCCUCGACUGCUGGACCGCGCUCCACAAGAUCCGCUCGUGCUCCAACGAGAUCGUGGCGUACUUUGCUAGUGGAGCCAUUGAUAUAACUCCACCAUGUUGUGAAGCCAUAGCCCUCAUCACUCAUCAAUGCUGGCCCGCGGUGUUGGGCGUGCUAGGGUACGGCCAGGACCAGGCCGAUGUCUUGAGGGGCUAUUGUGAUGCGAUUGACUCGUACACAGCUGUGCCCGGCCCUGCUCCGGGCCAACUAGGCCUGUCUUUUGCGCCGGUGAACUAG